AUGUUUCCCCCCGAAGCACAAAUCGUCUCGUCGUCCACAGCGUUGGCUCUUUUUGCAUGCACAACAUAUCAAUUACAGACGGUCAAUAGGGUCUUCUAUGAUGUUCGUAAAACGGAAGCAAUCGAAAAUGAUAUUACAUUGAAGAAACGAUCUAGACUCGAGGAUGGUGGACUAAAGUUCGUCCAGCACACGACUCCCCAAAAGCAAUUGCCGAACUUUCACGCCAUGGAACACGAUCCUCCAGCUUACACUGAAGAGCAGAUUCUAACAAUUUACGAAGACCUUCUUUCAAACCCAGAGGUAGCACCUCAAACCGUGGAGAUUCCAGUUACGCAGGACGAAUCAAAUGAAGGGAGAGACCAGUCUCUCUUGAUGCAGCUCAACCAAAGACUUGUGAUGUCAACUGGUUCCUCGAAUUCGUCGUCCGAAUCACUAUCCUCGAUACUUCGGCGCAUGACGCGAGCCAAACGCGAGCCCACCGAUCACACGAAGUUCAACAUCAACAUGAAGACAUUCACCAAGGACCAAGGAGCGUACCUCAGGAUUCUGGACAACUUGAAAGUCGGAAGCCCCGCAUUGGAGUGGGAUGUAAUAACACCAUGUUCAAGGUAA